GUCUAACCUCUUUACUCGAUCCCCGCCUCGCUCUUUUCUACUGUACAGAACAGAACAGAACAGAACAAUCUUCAUCGAGACGACACAAACAAAAAAAAAAUAAUACAAAAUGCCAUUCCUUGCAGGCUUAAUUUCCGAUUAUUUCGGCAUAUCCACCGCACCAGCACCACCUUCUUCCUCCGACCAAAAUGAACAAUCAUCCUCCUCCCCGCGCUCCGCCUCCUCCUCACUCGCUCUGACCAACACUUCCCGCGUGCCCAACAACGUCCGAAUCCUAUUCGGAGGCCUCUCCUUCUUUCUCAUAUCGACAGUUGUCACGAAGCGGGCUCUCCACCGUCGCUUCUCCGCCAUGAUACCGCCCUACUACACUAGUUCCGUAUACCACAAGCCCGACAUCAACGGUGCACUAGAGGCGCUCGACGCGUUCAGUAUCGCUACUAUUAAUGUACUGUCGUUGGGAAUGGUGGGGACGGGAAUGGUCAUGUAUGCGCUUGAUGUGAACUCGCCGGAGGAUCUGAGGAAGUAUGUGCGUCGGAAUUAUGGUGUUGCCGCUGGGACCGUUGCUGGGGUCGGACAAGGGACAACGGAUAAUGAGACGGAUAAGGAGAUUGAGACCUGGUUGCAGAAUUCUUUGGGUGAUGUACUGGGAAAGUACUUGAAGGAUGAGGCGGAGAGGAGGGUCGCGAGUGAGAAGGCGAACGUGCAGGAGAAAAAGGAGUAGAUGGAGUUGUUCUUUUUAUCGGGUUUAUGGUUU